CGCUACCGCCGCCUACCUUGGCGGACUUCUGGGGACAGAAAGCCGGCUAGGUGAGAAACCAUAGAGACAGGAAACGUUUCCCAACUGUUUCCGUUUCCAGGAACGAAACCAGCGCCCUCACGGUUCCGGAGAGGAAGUGACGGUGCCGUGGGAAGAUGGCUGCUGCUCUCUCUCUCCAGCCCUCCACGGCGGCUUCGGCCACGACGACAGCCACAGCAGCUGCGCUGGGGGAGGUGGAAGAUGAAGGACUCCUGGCGUCGCUGUUCCGGGACCGCUUCCCUGAGGCCCAGUGGCGGGAGAAACCUGACGUGGGCCGCUACCUGCGGGAGUUGAGCGGCUCGGGGCUGGACCGGCUGCGACGCGAACCGGAGCGCCUGGCGGAGGAGCGGGCUCAGCUGCUGCAGCAGACGCGGGACCUGGCCUUCGCCAAUUACAAGACGUUCAUUCGCGGUGCGGAGUGCACCGAGCGCAUACACCGUCUCUUCGGCGAUGUGGAGGCGUCCCUCGGGCACCUGCUCGACCGUUUGCCCAGCUUCCAGCAGAGCUGCAGGAACUUUGUAAAGGAAGCUGAGGAGAUCAGCUCCAGCCGCCGGAUGAAUACCCUGACUCUAAACCGGCACACAGAAAUCCUGGAGAUUCUCGAGAUCCCCCAGCUGAUGGACACCUGUGUCCGGAACAGCUAUUAUGAGGAGGCGCUGGAGCUUGCAGCCUAUGUGCGGCGACUGGAGAGGAAAUACUCCUCCAUCCCCGUCAUCCAGGGCAUUGUGAAUGAAGUGCGCCAGUCCAUGCAGCUGAUGCUAAGCCAGCUGAUCCAACAACUGAGGACCAACAUCCAGCUCCCAGCCUGCCUACGUGUCAUUGGCUAUCUUCGACGCAUGGAUGUCUUCACUGAGGCUGAGUUGAGGGUGAAAUUUCUCCAGGCCCGGGAUGCUUGGCUUCGUUCUAUUCUGACUGCCAUCCCUAAUGAUGAUCCUUACUUCCAUAUCACAAAAACCAUUGAGGCUUGCCGGGUCCAUCUCUUUGAUAUCAUCACCCAGUACCGCGCUAUCUUCUCAGAUGAGGACCCUCUGCUGCCACCUGCCAUGGGCGAGUACACUGUGAAUGAGGGUGCCAUCUUCCAUGGAUGGGUGCUGCAGAAAAUCUCACAGUUCCUGCAGGUGCUAGAGACCGACCUUUACCGGGGUAUAGGUGGCCGCUUGGACUCUCUGCUUGGCCAGUGCAUGUACUUUGGGCUGUCUUUUAGCCGGGUGGGGGCUGAUUUCCGUGGCCAGUUGGCUCCUGUUUUCCAGAGGGUAGCAAUCAACACUUUCCAGAAAGCAGUUGAAGAAGCAGUGGAGAAAUUCCAGGAUGAGAUGACUUCAUACACCCUCAUCUCAGCUGCAACCAUCCUGGGCAGCAGUAACAUGCCUGCUACAGUGCCAGCCACACAGCCAGGGACGCUGCAGCCACCGAUGGUGCUCUUAGACUUCCCACCUCUUGCCUGCUUCCUCAACAACAUUUUGGUUGCUUUCAAUGAUUUACGUCUCUGCUGCCCUGUGGCCCUAGCACAGGAUGUGACUGGGGCUUUGGAGGAUGCCCUUACCAAGGUGACCAAAACAAUCCUGGCCUUCCAUCGUGCAGAAGAGGCUGUGUUCAGCAGUGGAGAGCAUGAGAUCUUUGUCCAAUUCUGCACUGCCUUCCUGGAAGACCUUGUUCCUUAUUUGAACCGCUGUCUUCAAGUCCUUUUCCCACCAGCUCAGAUAGCCCAGACUUUAGGUAUUUCGCCCACCCAGCUCUCCAAGCACGGAAACCUGGGACAUGUGAACAUCAGCGCCAUUCAGGACCCUCUCGCCUUUAUCUUGCCUAAGAGAGAGACAGUUUUCUGUUUAGAUGACCAGGAGCUCCUGCCAGACCUCGUGGCCUCAGCUCCAGAGCUUCCUGCUGAGCAGCGCAGACUGGACCCAAAAGGAGAGCCAGUAGUGUGGUCAGCAAGUGGCUGGACAGCUCGAAUCAUCCAGCAUGAGAUGGAUCAUUUGCAGGGCUGCUUGUUCAUCGACAAAAUGGACAGUGGGACAUUUACCAAUCUUCACUGGAUGGAGGUGAAUGACUGAAGCUCUCCUGGAAUUAAGGACCUGGAAAACCAGCAUGCAGGCUAAGAUGAUCGCAUCUUUUUGUGCUUCAACUUGGAAUUGGUUCCAAUAUGACAGUAAACAGUGGACUGCUGGUGUGUGCUAGACUGAGAUGAAGACACAAAUGCUUGCCCUGAAUCAGAUCUGACAGAAUAUGAUUACAGCAUGAGUACAAAUAUACCCUUGAAGAAGGAA